AUGAAGGCUGCACAGGACAGACAGAAGUCGUAUGCCGAUCUUCGCAGGAAACCUCUAGCAUUCGAAGUUGGAGAUAAGGUCCUGCUGAAAGUGUCACCGAUGAAAGGGGUAAUGAGGUUCGGUAAGAAAGGGAAACUAAGCCCUAAAUAUAUCGGGCCAUACGAGAUACUAGAGCGAAUAGGUACAGUUGCUUACAGAUCGGCACUACCGCCAGAACUAUCUAAAGUGCAUGACGUGUUUCACGUAUCUCAGCUGCGAAGGUAUAUCAGUGAUCCAUCACACGUCAUUCCUACAGAGUCAGUAGAAGUAGAACCAAACCUGACUUAA